GGCUGAUAGAGGAGCGGUAGAGACCGGUGCCUGCGUAGGGGCUCCCGGAGCCGAAGGUCGUGGGUCUGAAAGAAGGGUACCAUCAGCGGCAGAAGAGAUCCGGCUGUAGGAUGGUGGUGCAGUGCAGAGCUCCGCGCAGGCCUCUUAAAUGUCCGGGCCCUCCAGAGGACAUGGCAUUAUAGGAAGGUGUAAAGGUCACUUUGCAGAGACCAAAGCAUUUUCCAGGGAGAGAGCUUAGAACCAGAGGGAAUGGCCCCUGGCACCCGGAGACCCUCAUCCCAGGUCCUGUGUUAAGGUGUGGAGAUUCAAAUAGAAAAGAAGAAAGACUGUCCUGUCCCCACGGAAUUUACAGUUUCAAGGAAUUGGUGACAUUCAGGGAUGUGGUCGUGGACUUCCCUGAGGAGGAGUCGUGCCUCUUGUACCAUUCUCAGGAAGAGCUUUACAAGGAGGUCAUGUUGGAGAAUAUCCAGAACCUUCUCUCCCUGGUGCUGACCUCUCUGCUUUCUGGGAGCCAGCUCUGCAGAUGCAGGUGCCGGGUCAGCUUGUAGAGCCCAACGCCUAGAACCAGAGGAAAUGGCCCCUGCCACCCUGAGACCCUCAUCGCAGGAGUUGGUGACCUUCAAGGAUGUGGUUGUGGACUUCACUGAGGAGGAGUGGUGCCUCUUGGACCAUUCUCAGAAAAAGCUGUACAUAGAGGUCAUGCUGGAAAAUAUCCAGAAUCUGCUGUCCCUGGAUGUGGAGAACAAGUUUGAAGUAAAUGAGAUGCCUAGAAAGGUGUGCCUAUUUAUGGAAGAAUGUGACCUACGAAGAUUCAUGAGUGAAGCUCCAUGGAACUUCAGUUUGAGAGAAAUUCAUGACUUUAUUCUCAAAGUAGAUAGAAACCCAAAGAGUGACUGUGACUUGGAUGAAAUUGGAAAGAGAUACAGACAGUCUUCUAUCCUAAGUCACUGUAAGAAAAUGACCUCAGGGAAUGACUGUCCUCCAGACAUUGAAUAUAGGAAGUGCUUUAUAGAACAUGUAAAGUUUUUACAGUCUGUGGAGAAGGCUGCUGGAAUGCAGAUGUGUCCCGGUAAUCAAUGGGAGAUGGCUGUGAGCUGGAGUUCAGACAUCAAUAAACAUCAGAAAAAUGAUACUGAGGAAAUGCUUUGUGUAAGUAGUGAAGGUGGGAAGGCCAUGAGUCAGAAUUCUGAGCACAUUAUACAGCAGCAAAUUCCUGUUAGAAAGGAAUCUGUUGAAUACAAAAAGCGGGAAGUUCAGAGAAUCCACACUGGAGAGAAACUUAAUGAGUGUCAUCAAUGUGGAAAAACUUUCACACAGAGAUCCAGUUUUAUUGCACAUCAGAAAAUCCACCGUGGAGAGAAGGCUUAUGAAUGUAAUCAGUGUGGAAAUGGUUUCACACAAAGGUGCAAUCUUGCUACACGUCAGAAAAUCCACCAUGGAGAGAAGUCUUAUGAAUGUAAUACGUGUGGGAAGGCUUUCACACAAAGGGGCAAUCUUACUACACAUCAGAAAAUGCACCGAGGAGAGAAGCUUUAUGAAUGUAAUCAGUGUGGAAAGGCUUUCACACAAAGGUGCAAUCUUACUACACAUCAGAAAAUCCACCGUGGAGAGAAGCCUUAUGAAUGUAAUCAGUGUGGAAAGGCUUUCACACACAACUCUAUUCUUGUUUUACAUCAGAGAAUCCACAGUGGAGAGAAACCCUAUGAAUGCAAUGAAUGUGGAAAGACUUUCAGACGUAGCUACAGUCUUGCUGCACAUCAGAAUAUCCACACUGGAGAGAAACUCUAUGAAUGCAAUGAAUGUGGAAAGACUUUCACAUACAGCUACAGUCUUGCUGCACAUCAGAGAAUCCACACUGGAGAGAAACCAUAUGAAUGCAAUGAAUGUGGAAAGACCUUUACACACAACUACAGUCUUGCUACACAUCAGAGAACCCACACUGGAGAGAAACCCUAUGAAUGCAAUGAAUGUGGAAAGGCUUUCAUGCAGAGCUCCCAUCUUACUAAACACCAGAAACUCCACCGUGGAGAGAGGCCUUAUAAAUGUAAUCAGUGUGGAAAGCCUUUCGCAAAGAGCUCCCAUCUUGCUGCACAUCAGAGAAUGCACACUGGAGAGAAACCCUAUAUUUGCAGUGAAUGUGGAAAGACUUUCACACACAGCUACAGUCUUGUUAUUCAUCAGAGAAUCCACACUGGAGAAAAACCAUAUGAAUGCAGUGAAUGUGGAAAGUCUUUCACACACAGCUACAGUCUUGCUGUUCAUCAGAGAAUCCACACUGGAGAGAAACCCUACGAAUGCAAUGAAUGUGGAAAGGCUUUCACACACAGCUCCCAUCUUGCUAGACAUCAGAAACUCCACAGUGGAGAGAGGCCUUAUGAAUGUAAUCAGUGUGGAAAAGCUUUCACACAAAGGGGCAAUCUUGCUGUACACCAGAAAAUCCACACUAGGGAGAAGCCUUAUGGAUGUAAUCACUGUGGAAAGGCUUUCACACAAAGGGGCAAUCUUACUAAACAUCAGAAAAUCCGCCAUGCAGGGAAGCCUUAUGAAUGUAAUCCGUGUGGAUAGGCUUUCACACAAAGGGGCAAUCUUACUAAACAUGAGAAAAUCCAUUCUUGUACAUCAGAGAAUCCACACUGGAGAGAAACCCUAUGAAUGCAAUGAAUAUGGAAAGGCUUUCCCACAGAGCUCCAAACUGGAGGAUCUGAGAGCUGGAGAGUCUUGUGAGUGAAACCUCCAGGAGACUAGUGUCACCAGACUGAAGAGUACAUGUAGAGGAGAAAGGUGUGAGAAGGCUGAAAAGGUAGCAGAGGGCUAAAUUUGGCAGGGUGUUGGAUGCCAAGCAGAGUAUUUCGUAUAUGCUCCUGGAAGCAAUAGGGAGCCACUGGAGUUUAUGGAGUGGGGAGGGGGCUGGCAUGGUCAGACCUGCACAUUAGGGAAAUGACUUUGAGGCUGGACUAGAAUAAGGAAAGAUAUGAGGCAGGCUUGUCAAUCCAGAUGUUGAUGCUUUCCUGAUAACUAUGAAUUGUGAUUUGGUCUGUUUAUAUUGUGUAUGUUUGUAAUUAGUUUGUACUUGCUCAGAAGUUCAUGUUGCUACCUUUUCCCCCAAACUAAGUGAAUGAUAUUUGUAUGUUGGAUUAAACUAAAAUUGUUAACCCCUUAA